CUCUCGCAUCCGCCUUUGACCUGCACUUUUUGCCCGGUCAGCUUUCUUUCACUUCCACUUGCGUGUUCUCGGUCGUUGUCAUCUCGGCCCUAUCACCCUCUGAUUUUUCUCGCCUGCUCGCACGCGCGACGUGUUACCAACUCAACAUGGAUGAAGACUACUCGACCGGGUCGGUGGACGCCGACCGCGAGAUGACCAGACUCUGGCGCACAUGGAGAACAGUCUUUGAGAUGCUUCUGGACCGGGGCUACGAAGUCACCGAAGACGAAGUGCAAAUCCCGCUCGCGGACUUCAAGCGAAAAUAUUCCGACCCUCUAGGAUACCCCGACCGCAACAAAAUGAAAGUCAGCGCGCGCCCCACCGAAGCCAUGCAAAUCAAAUACACGCCCUUACCCAGCAAAUCGAACCCAUCUCCGCAACCCGACUGCGGCACGAUCUACGUAGAAUUCUGCCCGGACUCCACCGGCGUGGGCACGAAGCAAGUCCGCGCGUUCAACCACUUCGUGGACGAGAACAACUUCCACACGGGGGUGUUCAUCACGCAGACGCCCAUCUCCCCCUCGGCGGUGCGCCUGCUCAGCGGCGUGCCCGGCCGCAUCUGCGAGCACUUCCAGGAGCAGGAUCUGCUGGUCAACAUCACCCGGCACGAGCUGGUGCCCAAGCACGUGCUGCUCAGCCCGGACGAGAAGGCUCGCUUGCUGGAGCGCUACCGCCUCAAGGAGUCCCAGCUGCCCCGCAUGCAGUUCGGUGACCCCGUCGCCCGGUACCUGGGGCUGCGGAAGGGGCAGGUCGUCAAGAUUAUUCGGAAGAGUGAGACGGCUGGGCGGUAUGCUAGUUAUCGGUGGGUGCUUUAAGGGG